GCUGUGUGGGCUAGUCACUUGCCUUUUUAUUUUUGCCUGCUGCCUGUUUACUUAUUCAGUAUUUUUUGAGGUGGGUGGGAGGCAGGAAGAGGCACCUUGAGGUGAGGAGGAGGAGGUAGGAAGCACAGCAGCUGUCGCCUAGUUAGUAACCUGCUUAAACUUGACGGAAACAAGUGUUCAUUCUGACUGAGGCGUUUGCAGAGGGCCUCAGGCUUCUGCUGAGGCAGGAUCCAGAAGAUGGCUGUCUCCUGUAAAGAGAUUCCAGCAGAAAUGCAUGAAACCAUCGCCAAUUUCUUAGGGACACAGGACAUCAUACUGCUGGAUGCUCAACUCCACAUUAAAUCCAAAAUGGAAAAUAUUGUCCUGGUUUUGAUGCCUUGGCGAGCGCUGGUGAUGCUGGCAAAACUCCCAGUCAAGGUACAAGUUAGCUUCAGCUUCCUAGCUGUGCAGCUCAUCAGGAUAGGAGAAGCUAACCAGGUUGUCAUGGAGACCGAUGAGUCUUCUUUCGAAUUUGACUUCUUGUCGUUGGAGGAUUUGGAGCGCAUGGUCAUCCAUGUGGUCAUGUCCCUGAAGAAGAUCUUUCCAGAUUCUCCACCUGAAAACCUUCUCCAGAAUGCUUCCCCCAUCUUGCUUGAGAGAAUUCAAGGAGUAACAGAUUCCUUGGAAGAAGUGCUGAAGGAAAACCAAGGCCCAUGUGGUGGGUUUUCAGAAAUGUAUGCUGCUCUCUGCGAUUACAGUGACCUCCCUUUCCAAGAGGAGAUCCAGUGGACUGUGGAUAAUAUUUAUCACAACCAGAAAUGCAGGGAGUUCAACUUGCUGGAUUUCAACCAUCUGCAUAGCCAGGAUGUGGCUGUUAGUGUGGCUGGCUUGUCAUUGAAUUGGUGGUUCACAAGGCUGUGUUGCAAGGACUUCAGACUGAAUCAGGAUAUUCUGGAGCAGAUUCUCCAUGUGCUCAGUACCUCAGUGACUCUGGAAGAGCUGGUGCUGGAAAACUGUGGCUUGAAGUUUGAUUUUGCUCAACGGAUGGCCCAGGUACUCCACAAUAAUCCAAACUCUGCCAUAAACAUGAUUAAUCUCUCUGGAAACCUGUUGGAGGACCGAGGUAUAAUUGCUCUGAGCCAGAACUUAGAGCAGAGCAUCAAGAGCUUCCGAAGCUUGAACUUUGCUAGGACCUCCUUGACUCAAAAAGGAAUGUUGUCCUUUUGCCAGUCUCUAGUCUCCAAUGAACUAUUCAGAGCCUCUCUGUGCUACCUGGACCUCUCUGGGAACCCAGGGAGCCUGGCCACCGAAGAUGCAAACGGUUUGUUUUCUUUCCUGUGUCAGCCAAAUGCGUUAGGUCACCUCGAUCUCUCUGGGACAGACUGCGCUUUGGAUGUGCUCUUUGGUGCCUUGGCUGCUGGCUGCUGUGAGAGCCUCAUCAAUCUGAACCUAUCCAAGAAUGUUUACUCAAACAAAAAAAACAGAGAUGUUCCUCUUGGAAUCAGCAGAUUCUUCAGCAAAGCCUCUGCUCUCCAACAUGUUUCACUGGCUGGAACCAAGCUACCACCUGAGGCUUUGAGAGCCAUGCUGCAGGGUUUGGCAUAUAAUACCCAACUGAGAGGCCUGCACCUGGACCUCAGUAGCUGUGAGCUGAAAUCAGAAAGUGCCCAGGUGAUCCAGGAUCUUAUUUCAGAUGCCAGCUCAAUCAGUGACUUGAAUUUGUCUGACAAUGGCUUUGAUUCCGACAUGGUGACACUGGUGCUGGCCAUCAGUAGAAGCAAAACCAUCAGGCAUGUCGCACUAGGAAAGAACUUUAAUAUUCGGUCCAGGGAGACCCUUGCUGAUGCUUUGCACCGCAUUGUUCAGCUCACUCAAGAUGACGACUGUUCUGUCGAAUCCCUAUCAGUGACAGAAUCUCGUCUGAAACUGGGAACUGGCAUUCUCCUAAAUGGCUUGAGAAGCAAGAGCAGUUGUCUUGUCAUGCUGGAUAUCAGUGGUAAUGCUAUGGGAGAUGUGGGUGCCAAAAUACUGGCCAAGGCUUUGUCAGUGAACACAACGCUCAGGACUUUAAUUUGGGACAGGAACAACACAACAUUGUGUGGAUUCCUUGACAUUACUCGUGCUUUGCUAAGGAAUUUUACCCUAAAGACAAUGCCCCUGCCCAUGAGCGAUGUGGCCCAGGCUUACCGGAGCCAUCCAGAGAAAAUGGAGGAUGUCGUGCAUAAGAUACAGUCUUACCUCACAAGGAAUCAGAUUCAAGAGACCCUGCCCGAGGAGAGAUGCUGCUUACAGCCAGACACUACAGCCAGCUCUUCUGUACAGGCACUGAAGGAUGCAUGCCAUUCAGUGCAGAAAUACAUUGAGGUGCUGAGCUGUGUCCAAGAUGUGGAAGUUAAAGCAGACAUCCUGCAGGCAGAGGAAACCAUCAAAGAUGCAAGCCUUUCCAUUAAUAUUUUGCCCAUUUUGCAUGGGGCAGGAAGCCCUCUGCACCAGAACAGCAAGCUUCAGCACAAACUGGAAAGCCUAAUUGAGGAAGUUUCCCAGACCUGCAGCAGGGAAAUCCAGGCCCUCAUGCAGGCCACACUGGAUGCCACUCAGAGUUUGUGCCCAAAACUCCUGCAGAAAACCAGCUUUCAGGAGCAUCUGAUCUCCAGCGUGCCAAAAGAGGCCCUCCUUGACCAGUUGCUGACGGACAUGUACAGCAGGCUCAUGGAGAUCCAGCUAUCAAUCACUGAGGCCAUGGCCAAUGGUAUCGCUGACAAGACUUUGGAGGAGUUAACCACCAUUCAAGGCAAGCUGGCAAAAAACCUUCCAAAACCAGGCAAGGAGCCUCAGGUGGUGAAUGCAGGCUGGAAUACUUUACAACAGGAGCACAGAAGCCUGCGGGUUGCUGUUGAGAAGGAUUUCCAAAAUGAGUACAAGUUGGCUGCCCAAUGGAAGCACAGCUACUCCACACGCAUUCUACCAACUCCUGGACUAAAUGGUCUAUUGGAACUCGAUCUUAAGGUAGAGGCAGAAGAGAACAAGAUUGGGGCUCCCCAGGCUGAGCUGUCACUCAGCUGUGCCUCUGUGAAGUCACGCCCUGCCUCCACAAAGGAUGCUGAAGCUGGGAGCAGGCUGUUUCCUUGCACAGAGCCUGCAUCUGCACAAUCCCUUAUGGACCUGCCGACUACAGGAGAGAAAUUGGAGCAUUAUACCCGAGACAGGCCCAGGCCCAACCGCAGGAACAGGCAGCCCCCCAGCAAGCCAAAUGCACAGCCGCCUGUGCGUGAGAAUGAUGAAGACAGAAGCAUCGCCAGGCUGGAUGAAGGGCUAGAUGAGUUCUUCACAAAGAAGGUGAUUCACGAGCAUUCACCGCCUAUUUCAUUGGAAACCUCCCCAGCAGCAACCACACCAACACCUUCUGGCUCUCGGACCUUCAAAAAGAAAAUAGGACACUUCUUUGCCUUCAAGAAGCCAAAGUCAAGCCGGGGUUCCAGGCCAGAGAAAGAGCCUGAGGGUAGUCCCUCAGCAGCAAGAGGCAGGAAGCUGAUGCUUAGUGACAUUUUAAGGGCUCCCAGCAAAGCCAGUGAAUCGACGAAAGCGCUAAGCAAGUCCGAGGAAGGAGGGCUGGCUGUAGAGAGCAGAGGCUACCUGGAGCAAAGCCAAACUCCAGACAGUGCUCGAAGGGCCAGGUCGAAAUACUCCAGGGAGGGAAAGUCCCAGUCCCUGAUACUCCUGUCAGGAGAGGAUGAAGAGGGUCUUGGUGUGAGACAUGAAAAGAAGAGGCCCUUUGAGAGGAGUGAUGGUGAACUGCCCAGCUCCUUCGAACAACGUGUUCAUGUCAUGCUGCAUCGGAUUGGUGUCACUAAGGUGUUAUCCUCUGAAGGCAAAAAGAAGCAGAGCAAAGAUGGGGAGAUUAAGAAAGCUGGUUCUGAUGGGGACAUUGUGGACAGUUCAGCAGAGUCUCCUCCUUGCUCCUUGAAAUCACGCACACACUCAAUGUCCACAGAUCCCUCCGUGCGAAUAGGUCCUGCUGAUGCUGCUGGCAGAACAGGUACAGAGUCAAGUGGUGGAUCCAACGAGAGGAGACUCUCCUGGAAAGCUCUUGGGAAGCAACUGAAUGCAGAGCUCAAGGGCAAGUGUUCAGAACUCAGCUCUUCCCCAAGAAGAGCUUUUGCCAUACAAGAGCCAGCCAGCCCCAGAGAGCAGAAAGUGAAAGAAAGUUGGAGCAGCAGUUUACCCAGGAUUGGAAGAAGCACAGCAGGCCCUCUUCCUGUCAGGAGGACCAGCAAUGCUGGAGAAGGACAGGCAUUUGCUGAAACACAGAACUCAUAUGCUGAAGUAAACAUGAUUGCUGGAGACAAUCAACUCAAACCCAAACCUCGUCUGAAGCCUGUGACAAACCGGAGGGCCAUGUCUGUUCACGAAGAACAGCUCAGGGAUCAGACCUGUGCAGCAGAGCUGCAUCAUACGAAAAUCCCGCUUUGUCUGCAGCGCUCCCCAAUCGUGAAAUGGAAGAUUAAGCCUAAGUCCUUGUUGGAGCCUGAGGCAUCUGCACUAUCUGAUUCUCCAGGCACUCCAUCCCAAGAAAGGAACGUGCUAGCCACAGAAUCCAAGCCAAGAGCAGAAAUGGAAGAAGAGUUGCAACAAGCUUUGGAACAAACUCUAGAGAAUGCACAAAAUAUAGCCCUAGACCAAAGAACUGCUGUGCCACUCUCCAAGUCACCCACACAAGAGCACUGAGUCAGUAGUUGGUGCUUCUGCAUGGCGAUAGCUCACAAAUGAGCACAGUAUGAAAGCUUACAAUUUGAAGCAGCAGAACAGCCAUCUGAGAAGGUGCAAGCAAUUCAGCACAUGGCCAAGCAAGCCCCAUCAUGGUGCCUGGUUGGUAGAGCUGGUAUUUCCAGUGGGAUCAAGUGGUGUCAAAACUCUUGCACGUUUGGGUUGUCCCCUUUUCAUCUUUCACCCUUGUAUACUCUCAUGUAAGUGCCAGGUGUUCUAAUGGCUCACAUGGGAAAAGCCAAAUGCUGAAUUUGAAGGAAACCAGCUAUUUCCAGCAGCAGUUGUAUAGUUGGAAGCUGGUGCCGAUGCAAAAAUGUAUAGUGCCAGAAACUAAGAACCACCAGCAGGAAGGUGGGCAGGGGGCUAUUUUACAUACACUAAACUUGCCUGCCUUUUAUUGUACUUUUCAGGAAUGUGGGGCUUGAACAGCUUUGGGGUUUGUAGAAAAGACUAAAAGUAGGGGAUAAACCAGUGCCACAAAGCCAGGCUGGCCUGUCUCACAUUGACAAUCUUACUCCUUCCUUUACCUUUCAUAAUUUCUGUUCCUAAGCUUCUACUUUGUUUUGCCACAUCCCUUCAUAGCCUAAGUACUACCUAGGAACAAAACCUCAAUUCUAGGCAAAGAUCCACUGGCACCAGUGAGGUGUUUGGCAUGAGUAAGGCAGAAGGGGAGAGUGUGACUUGGCAGCUUUCAGCAAGUUAUAACUAUUAAUGAAGUCUCAGCUCCUCUGUUCUACAAUUAAAUGAGGAUGAUAAUUCAAAUCAGAA